UCCCCCCGCCUUCAUCCGAGCGGAUGAAAACAAACACUAACGAUGGCGGCGCCGGGAGGCGACCGGCUGCUGGGCUUAAGUCAGGCGUGAUCGCCUGAGCUGUGAGGGCACUCUUGAAGAACGUCGGUCAACGUGAGUGCGACAACACGCGCAGGCCUGGGAGUGAAAUACCCAAGGUCAACGAGCCACGAGCCUCCUAAGGCGUGUGGUAUCUAUCUGCGACCCCUGCUGUCACUGCAGCUCCGGAGCGCCAAGCCCUCAGCCAGGAGGCGCAACUGGCUGGCCCCAGGCCCCGGCCUCCGUAAUGAGAGCCUCGAGCCAUUCUCUGUGUCGCAGCUUCGCAGGUGAGGGUGACUGUUGACUAGUGAAAAAAGGGACCCAAGGUUCACGACUAUCUACUUACUGUCAGUGGAACGACCUGUGGAAACCUGCGAUCCAUUCUCAUUUAAUAAAUCUCUGGAUUCCUAUAGGCAAUGGAAACUGAUCUCAAUUCCCAGGACAGAAAGGACCUGGACAAGUUUAUUAAAUUUUUUGCCCUCAAGACUGUCCAAGUGAUUGUCCAGGCUCGACUUGGUGAGAAGAUUUGUACUCGUUCAUCUUCAUCCCCAACGGGUUCAGAUUGGUUCAACUUAGCAAUCAAAGAUAUCCCAGAGGUUACACAUGAAGCAAAAAAGGCACUGGCAGGGCAGCUGCCUGCUGUCGGGAGAUCAAUGUGUGUGGAGAUCUCACUCAAGACUUCUGAGGGAGAUUCCAUGGAGCUAGAAAUUUGGUGUCUUGAAAUGAAUGAGAAGUGUGAUAAAGAGAUUAAAGUUUCCUACACGGUGUACAACAGGCUGUCGCUGCUGCUGAAGUCCCUUCUUGCCAUAACUAGGGUGACACCGGCUUACAGACUCUCCAGAAAACAGGGGCAUGAAUAUGUCAUAUUAUACAGGAUAUAUUUUGGGGAAGUGCAGCUGAAUGGCUUAGGAGAAGGUUUCCAGACCGUGCGUGUUGGGACAGUAGGCACCCCUGUGGGCACCAUCACUCUUUCUUGUGCUUACAGAAUUAACUUGGCAUUUAUGUCUACCAGGCAAUUUGAGAGGACCCCUCCUAUCAUGGGGAUUAUCAUUGAUCACUUUGUGGACCGUCCCUAUCCCAGCUCCUCACCCAUGCACCCCUGCAAUUACAGAACUGCUGGUGAGGACACUGGAGUAACAUACCCUUCGGUGGAAGAUUCUCAAGAAGUGUGUACCACCUCUUUUUCCACCUCCCCUCCAUCCCAGUGUGUGUUUACUGUCACAAAGGCACAUUUUCAGACCCCUACUCCUGUGGUGACGGAUACUCUGAGGGUCCCCAUGGCAGGACUGGCCUUUUCCCAUCAACUCUCAAGCUCUCGCCUUUCCUAUCAGCCUGCUGCCCUGGGCGUUGGAUCAGCUGACCUGGCUUACCCAGUAGUGUUUGCUGCUGGCUUAAAUGCCACACACCCUCACCAGCUCAUGGUUCCCGGGAAGGAAGGUGGGGUACCCCUCGCUCCCAAGCAGCCUGCGCACGGUACUCAGGCCGACCAGGAGAGAUUGGCGACCUACACCCCUUCUGAUGGGGCCCGCUGUGCUGCCACACCUUCCAGCAGCGAGGAUACUGAAACUGUAUCAAACAGCAGUGAGGGCCGGGCAUCCCCCCAUGAUGUCUUGGAAACCAUCUUUGUCCGAAAAGUGGGGGCUUUUGUCAACAAGCCCAUCAAUCAGGUGACCCUGACCAGUUUGGACAUACCCUUUGCCAUGUUUGCUCCCAAGAACUUGGAGCUGGAGGAUGCCGAUCCCAUGGUGACUCCUCCAGAUUCCCCAGAGACUGAAUCUCCUCUCCAGGGCAGCCUGCACUCUGAUGGCUCCAGUGGGGGCAGCAGUGGCAACACCCACGAUGACUUUGUUAUGAUCGACUUCAAACCGGCUUUUUCUAAAGAUGACAUUCUUCCGAUGGAUUUGGGGACCUUCUACCGUGAAUUUCAGAAUCCCCCUCAGCUGAGCAGCCUCUCCAUAGAUAUCGGGGCACAGUCCAUGGCUGAGGACUUGGACUCACUACCAGAGAAGCUGGCUGUGCACGAGAAGAAUGUCCGAGAAUUUGAUGCCUUUGUAGAAACUCUGCAGUAAAAGUUGGUGUCCUCGAGUACCAGCAGCAUCCCCUUUUUGUGGUCCCAGGAGACAGAGCUUCCCACUCAUCAGCUGCUCCCAUCCCUCAUCUUGCUCCAGGUGGAGGAGAGGCUGGUUUCCCCCAUGGGGACCUGGAAGUCUCUGUUCUUGCACCUCCUGAGACUCCAUGGUGGCAGUCCAGCCCGGUGACAGAAUUGGAGAGGACCCACCCCCUGGUCUUGAAGAUUGGAAGAUGCUUAUAACAAAAGGGCCCCCAGGGCCAUCUGCUUACACCACCCAUCAGCAACUGCUUCACCAAGGCUGUGGUCUCAUUCCUCCUGCCGCCCCCACACCCUUCCCUGGGUCCACCCUGCAGCUGGCCCCUUGCCCACCAGCUGUUACUGUCAAUCACUUGACAUUCCAACUGGUGGCCCGGAGCCUGGUUUGGAAGCAGGAAGAGGAAGGAGACAGUACUGGAAGAAAGAAGGAAGGGCUCCUUCAGGCUCUUUUUUUGUCCCCUUUGGUUUGGUGUCUUCCUCUCCUUCUCUCCGCCCCUGUGCCUAUACUUUUGGCAAUAUGACAGGCCUCCUGCCCAAGGUGGCGAGAAACUCCAAAGUCGGCCAUUCCCACCCUUGAGGGUUGUGCUAGCCCAUCCCUCAGCAGAGGGUCGAGCAGCCCUGGUGGCUGCCUGUGCUCAGCUCCUCAGCUCCACGGAAACAAGAAUCCUACAUCUCCAGGAUUCUCUCACUGGGAGUCACAGCAAAAGUUCUUUUUCUCUCCUUCUUCCCCCUGUUGCUGCUCCUUGGUUAUAAAACACAGUAAAUAUUUAUUGCUUUCAGAGAAAUCAGAUAUUUUAUAGAGAAAAUAUGUUUGAGGUUAGAUGUUUUCGCUUGGGGAAGGUGGAGGGCCUCUUCCUGGAGUAGGGCCUCCCCCUGUGGAGAUUCCUCAGGUUCUGGGUUGCUGCUGUGAGGGUCUUCCUUCCUCUUUACAUAAGGUGGGAUCCAAGAGUAGGGCUGGCUGAGGGCAACGGGACCUCCCAGAAUUGCUGCACUUGAACUGACAACAGGCUUCACCUUUGACUCCUACAUAUUCCUGGUGAGAGUCCUGAAUCUCUCCCAGCUUCUGCAGAAUAACUGACUCCAUUCUGGCAGCCCAGGAAGCCUUGGGUGCUAAAUGUGUACGACUCUGUGUGUACAACUCGCUAGAGUUGUACCAUGCACAUACCAUGCAUUGUAUGUGCCCCGCUGUGGCCCCAGGGGAAGGCCAGAGGGGCCCCUCCUUCUGGGGGCACUUGUUCCUGUUUCUCAGGGCUGAGUUAUGGGCCUUUUCCUCCUUCCUCCUGGGCCUGGCCACCACCUUCUUUAAUCCCAGGGUCUGCACACCGCCCUGAGGUUUACUAGCUGGAUUGGUUCCUUGUAGAGAAACCAAAGCUAGGCAUAUGAUUGACUUAACCAUUUAGGUAUUGUUACUUGAGUAAAUCAAGUGCCUAGCCUCACCCACCUACCAUCUGUCCCUCUCCCAGCCUACCUGGCAGCCCUGGCUAAGGAAAACAAGGCCCACCCCAUUCCUCCUGGCCCACCUGGGCUCUUCAUGGGCAGCAGCUGUUCUGCAGUGGAGCAGGUGGUCCUUAACUGCUUGUUAGUAAAUGCAUGUGACACUGGUCCCACCUACAAGACAGCUCUGAGGGCUAGAGUGGGCUCUGAUGCUGCCUCAGUCAGGCUGAGCCCUCCUGCCCCUGUUGCAUGCAUUCUGCUGCCACGAAGAAAUGUUCCCAGCGAUGGUGUACAAAUGGCCGUCCUGUCUGGGCCAGCGUGCACUCAUGGCCUGCUGAACCAGUCCGGAUUUGCCUCCAAGGCCCCAGUGCUGAAGCCCUGGUAAGCUACUGAUUGCCCAUGUGCUCGCCCCCAUCCUGCCGUAGUAUCUCAGCUGCUGUCCUGAGGCUGAGCACUGACAGGCCUGUUAGCCUCUUUGGCUCCUAACUGUUGGCCUUUGCAGGCAGCAGCCUUUCCUUUAGGAUCCCAUCAGUGAGACGCCAGGGAAGCUGAGCCUGGGAGGAGAAGAGCACCUGUCAAGGCUGGCCCUUGCCCCUCCACCCCAUAAAGACAAGUGACAGGGGUGAGCCCUAGACUGACUCCUGCAGCACCGCCGGGACAGGGCUGGGACCCGUCACCCGUCUCCAGGUGGCAGAGUCCCUUCCCUUCCUCUAGCCAAUCUUGUUUGGAAAUACUGAGCUAUACUUUAAAGUGUAUUCAAGAAAUUUCCAAUAAAUUUUUUCUGUACUUUA